GAGAGAGAGAGAGAGAGAGAAAGAGAGAGAGAGAGAGAGACGGUAUGGAAGGGCGACGACGCGAUUCGAGCAUUUAUCGAUUUGAUUUCGAGAGAGAGUUUGCGAUCGAGCAGAACGAUCCGAUUGUUCAAAGUAUCUAUUAUUCCGGAAUCGGCGUUAGGCGAACGAUGGUAACGAAAGCAAGUUUGUUCGAGUCGCAACGCGUACGCGCUUCUGUACAGAAUUGUUCGUAGGUCGUUGCGAAGAUUUCCAAGAUUAAAGAAGAGAUUCUGCACUUGUCGGCUUGGUGAAAUUAAAGUAUUGUUGUUUGAUUUACGCAUAAGCUGUACGUUAAGGGAAAAAAUUGCUUAUAAUUUUAGGGUCGUGUAACGUGUGUUAGCGAAGCAUGCUUCUAAGUAGAAAGAUAGGACAAUGCUAUAACAAUAAUUAUUAUAAUUAAAGCGAACUAAGGAUAUAAGGCAUUUAAUAAGUGCAAAGUAUUUCUUAAUAAAAAGUACUUCCAAAAAGAAAAACCACAACCAGGUUGCAUUCGAUUAUUUACUUCGAACGGUUCCCCUCUCGAGAGGAGGAAGUAUCGGCGGAGGCGCGCGAAGACGAUCGCUCGCGACGAAAGAAAAGAGAGGCGCGGAGGUGGAUCGUAAAAGGAUGAUGAUCGCGGUUUAAUUUCGGACGAACGUCGGAGAGGGAUGGGUACGAAGUUUGAGGCGGGUAGACGCGGGGGGCAUCGGGAAAUUUCGGACAAAACGAGAGACGGUGACGAGCAGUCGACGAAGAGAAUCGAGGCAAGACGCGAGCAAGCGCGCGCGCGAAAGACAGUUUCUUUGACUCGGCUCGAAUCGAGUUCUUCGAAACGACAAUUGCGCAGUUGUCGCGAGCGAGAUUUGCUGCGCAUACUCCCGCGCGUUCCCUUUGUGUUAUUUUCGGGCGAAAUCGCUGUUCGAAGCUUUAAAUAGGACUGACUUUACGACAAAGAAGUCAGUUCGCAACAUUGGUUCUACAUGCUGGAGCAUCGAAGAUUGUUCGCUAUGCCUUCCGAAUGCAUCGCCAAUCCAUUGCAACGGGAGCUGGCCGAUUCCAUAAUCCGUUUACAGCCGCUCGACGAGAUUCGAAUUUUGCUGGCGUGCGGAGCGAAGGCGAACGAGCCGGUGACGCAGGGUUUGAGGCCGCUGCAUUACGCGGUGUGGCAGAGGUACACGGAGGCGGCUCAGCUGUUGCUGGUGCGCGGCGCGGACAUUGACGCGACCGACGAGUGCGGAUACUCGGCAUUGCAUCUCGCCGCCGAGCACGGUUACUUCGAUUUGGUGAAACUGUUGCUCGAACACGGCGCCAAAGUCGAUCACCGUAAAGACACCGGCGAACUUUUUCCAAGGACGACGAUUUGCGACGAACCGUUGCGGCUGGCUCUGAGGAAUCGGCACGUCGAAGUGGCUCGAAUCCUGCUGGAGGCUGGCGCCAAUCCGAACAAGCGAUAUUUCUUUGGCUCGGAGAUCAAUCUGGUUUCCCCGUUGGAUCUGCAAUGCAUGGAACUGUUGCUGGCGUUCGGAGCUCAACCGAACACGAGGGACCGCGCGGGGCUGACGCCGUUGAUGAAAGCCGCUAGAUUGCCGCAGGGUAUCGCUUCGGUGCUGCUUUUGCUCAGCUACGGCGCGGACGUUAAUUCGAUGGCGGAUUCGCGACACGACUAUCGAACUGUGCUGCAUUACGCUAUCCUCGGCGGGGAUCCGACGGUGAUAGAUCUGCUGCUGAAACAGGGCGCCCGGCUCGAUCUGGGACCGGAGUAUCAGAAACCGACGGCUCUCGAUCUGGCGAUUUUGAAGGGAGAUCCCUCGAUCGUGCAGAUGCUAUUGAAUUCGGGUGCCGACGUGAACGCUAGUUCGCCGAUCAUCGGUUCGCCGCUUCACGUCGCUUGCGCGGACAACAUUCCGAACAGAUUGGAGAUACUGUCGAUGUUGCUGGAACGAGGCGCGGACCCGAACUUGGUGAUACGAAGCGACGAAGGGCCCGCGUUGCGGCCGGUCCUUGCCGAGUACAUCGCAUCGAACGAGAACCCGUCGGUCGAGGUGGUGGCCCUUUUGCUCAAGUACGGCGCGAGGGUGGUCAUCAAGACGCAGUUUCGCGAUCCUCACGGCAUCCUGAACUCUCUGCAGAACACGGCCGAUAAACCGCGACUAUUGAAGGCGUUGCUGGAAGCGGCGGAGAGCUUCGACCCUUGCAUGAUACGAAGAUCGAGCAGUUUGACGGACGCGCAGAAAGCGUUGAUGAUGGAAGCGGCGAGGACACCGCUACCGUUGACUCACCAAGCCAGGCUAACGAUUCGUAGGAUCUGCGGCAGCAAGUUGCCUAAACUCGUAUCGAAGCUUCAGCUACCUCAGUCGCUGCAUCGUUACCUGCUCUACGAUUUUCAUUGACCCGAUCUUUUGUUCCGCGGGAGGACGCGUUUUUUCCUUCUCUUCCUUCUCUUCCUUCUCUUCCUUCUCUUCCUUCUCUUCCUUCUCUUCCUUCUCGUCCGCGUCCAGUCCGUUCGCGGCAACUACGUUACUUUUCCUACGGCCGAUGUACGCGAAGGAUGACCAAUAUAUUCGAUUCGUGUUCACGACGUUUUUGUACCUGUGUACUUACGCGCGCAAUUUUCACUCCUUGUAAACAUGUGUCGAAUACAUAUGUACAAGUAAGAGCAAACAACAGAUACACGGCAUUGUACGUAUCGUUGCAUUCGUACGAAUAGAAGCGCGAAACAAAAUAAACGAAGGAUUCCGAAACGAUC